AGAGGUGUCAUUUCACCAAAGCAGAACCAUUUCUCAAUUUUACACUUACAAAGAUAGUUCAGCAUAUCAGGAAUAAAAAAAUAAACGUGUGUGAAAAAGAAAAACCAUCUGUGUUUCUGGAUUUAAAUUGUGAACCUUAAAGGACUGUAUGCAAUGUAUAAACCACUGCAACCAACGUAAUAGUUAAUGAGGCCAUUGAUCAAAUGGAUUUAAUUAAGAUGUGAAGUUUACUUGCGCAUAGGUGGUGCAGCCAUUUGGACAAGUGCUAUCUGGUUCUUAACACAAUAGAACAUAAACAUGAUAGAAUUAACAUUCAGUUGAAUAUCUUAUGCUAUGUAGAAGUCCAAUUCAUAAUAUGGUAUCUCGAAGUUAAAUUCCUAAAAUGCCAUAGUUUUGUCUUAGUGAAGCGAGUCAAUUAUGACACAAUUUAGAGUGAAGAAGAAGCGAACACUUUGUGUUAUUGUCGUGACAACAUGCCUGCUAGGAUUUGUUGUCUUGCUGUCAACCAUCAAGGAUCAGACAUCCCUUAAUGUAGGAAGUGACUAUGAUCUGCGGUAUGAUAUUGAUGGAGCUGAUAUCGUUAGUGACGAGCUGUACCAACAACAUAAUAAUCAAUUUGAGAUGAAUAUAGAAAGUGGAUUUAAACACAUCGAGAGGAAACCACAAGCUCACAUUGAACGGAACUCUAACCAAUAUAAUGAUGCAAGAAAUGGUUUCAGGGACAACACAGAUGAUGCAAACCUAAGUGAGGAUUACACAAACCCUGAUUAUGACAUGAAUGUAAAACUGAAGAAAAUUGGAGAGGCCUCUGAGGAGGAAGAUGAUGACGAAGAUGAUGAUGAUAUUGUAGCUGAAGAUGAUGAAGAUGAUGGCUACUAUGACAAUACAAAUGAAAAUGCAGUAUUUAAGUCUGAUGACUUUGAUAUGCAAAAUUAUAGAAAAUUCUCAAAUAUGGAGAAUGGUGUUGUUAAAAUGAACCAAGAGCAAAGCCAAGAUUCCAUUGUUAAUGACAGACUUUUGGCAGAUUCCCUUAAUGUUAAACUUGAGAAACCUGUGCAAUACAACAAAAUAAUCCCACAAGAUCUUAAACAUAGUGCAGUCAAACAAGAUAGUAAGUCACGGACUAAAUGUGCAGAAGGUAAACCCUGUGUUACUAUUAAAACCACUGAAAGAUCUCAUAAGCCAAUACAAAAACAUACAAAAGCACUAGAUGCAACUGAAAAAUCAAGGAUAGGGUUAAACCCACAGACACAAAUUCCUGCCCAGCCAGGCGUAAAGGAGCUCCCUUUAGAGGCCCCAAUUUUGAACAGUCAGAAGGAGUCACUGCAGAAUACAUUAAUGAGCCCCAUACCAGAGAGGAUGGCACCAAAUGUCAAUGAUAGCAAUGUAACUGUCCGUAGCAAUAUGGGGAUUCCAAUUGUAGUUCAAGGAGUAUUCUGGUCUGAUGACCUUCUGCAGUAUGUACCAAAAGGACCAAGUAAGCAAGAUACUGAGACAUUUGUGAAGAAGGUCCAACAAAUACAUGUCAAAGACAUCAAACCUUCAACAUGGGACCGCUGUGGUCGUGAUAAAAACAAGUUUGUGAUCCUCGAAGACGGCACACAACUGUGUGUGAGAUAUAGAGCACCACAUUCAAAACUAGUCAAAGGUGAAGUGUUGUCAUUUUAUUUAGCCAAGUGGUUAAAACUUGACAAUGUCCCAAUCACCGUUCUAUCAACUGUAGACAACACAUCACCUCAAUGGAGGGGCCAUAAUAUUACUUCUCUGGGCUGGCAAAAGGGGGAGCCAGCAGCUCUAAUACAGUAUAUAGACAACCUUAAUAUAUUACAAAGAUCUCGAGUGAAAAUCCCAGACCAGCUACUAAAAGCUUAUGAAACUGGGAGCAUAUUAGACAGCAACAGUUCUCUCAUGACCAGCCUUAGGGUUGAGGAGCUCAUAGAAUUGAUUCAGUGGACCCAGAUGAUCAUCUUUGAUUACCUCACUGGGAACUAUGACAGGGUUGCGAGUAUGCAAGAUGGAGCUGAAAAAGAAAACAAACCCAAAAUUAUGCAUGAUAAUAUGAGGAAUCUCCGUAAAAACUGGAAGACUGGCAAACUUUGGCUUAUAGAUAAUGAAUCAGGGAUGUUUGAUGGAUAUGAACUAUUAUAUUUAGGCGACCAAAAUUCCAGGAGAUUUUUAAAAUUUCAUAAAGAAAUGCUAGAAUCAAUUUGUAUUUUUGACAAACAUAUGGUGACUGCUAUUGAAGAGCUCCUCAAACAUGACCAGCCACAAAUAGUUUUGGAAAGUUUUGCCCAAACCCAUGAUCCAUUAUACAAGACAGUUGAGGCAAAAUUAAAAAUAAACCAUUUAGCGGAACAUUUUAAAGACCGUCUAAAGGAAGUUUAUAAUUGGGUAAAAAAGUGUCAAAAAAGGUAGCAGAAAAAUAUCUACCAACAUCAAAAAUAAAUAUCAAGGUGCUAGUUCAAAUCUCAUUUAAGGUUGUAAAUGUUACAUAUUAUAUUCACCACUGCCAAAAUGCUUUCAAAAAGAUGCCAUAUAAACUAAACAUGAGGUUUUAUCUAACACAUUGAAUAUUUUUAGAAUUCUAGUCCCAAAAUCUUAACCAUGCAUGCAGGAAAGCUGCAUCUUGAAUGCCCCUCAUAAUCAUAGCAUGGAAACUGAAUUUAUUAACAACAGUAAUAUAUGAGGGGCCAGGGGAAGGUUUAUCAGGAUAAGUGUGACUCCCCAAAAUGUAAGAUUGUAACAAAGUGUUACUCACUAAAAUAUGACACCCUCAGAAACAUUAGUAUAUUAGUUUUGAUAUCUUAUAUUUAUUGUGAAGUAUAAGAAUUCAUAACUUAUAUACAAAGAUUUAACAAGAUAAGACAAAAAACUUUACAAUUUCAUGAUGAGUUCUUUUUUCAUGUUCAUGAGUGGUAUAUCUAUAUUGAUUAGCAAGAAUAUUAUAUCAUAAUCUACAUGUGAUUAAUUUAUUGACAGCAGCCCAAGAAAGAAAUCUCAAAUAUUUGUCAUUAUGUUUAUGAUAUUGUGCUAUUAGAUCAUGAUGAUCUUUAAAUGUAAAUCGUUGUUAAUUCAUAUAGUGUUAUUUAAAGAUGCACUCUAAAUAUCCUAAAGUGAGGUUUGAUAUUACUUUUUCAUAUCAGUUCAUUUAUUGUUGUUUUAACGUUUGAAUUAUAAUCCCUUUCAAAAUCAGCUGUUUAUACAGAAAUUAAAUAUAUAAAUAAAUGACAGUAAAACCUGGAUAUCUGAACACCUUAUUUAUCAUAACACCUCUAAAUAUGGACACUACUAUAGUUCAACUUCACUUCAUGUUCACUCUUUCAGUUUACAAAAUAACUCACCAAGCCAUUCAGAGUAUGUUGUUGAAAUACAGUAGACUUUCUAUGUAUAUGGUCAUUUCCACCGAUGUGAUCGCAUAGUAAAUGAGCACACAAUAUAGCAUGUGUUCCUUCGAGCUCACUGAUUGGUUGAGAAAAGAUCAGCGGAAGGUUUGAAAUGAUUUAUGACCUAGGCUGCAACUGGCAUAGGCGGGGGGUUACUAAACUGUAAUUUUGUCUGUACUAGGCAGAGGGUAGUUUAUGACUACACUGCGUGCAGGGUAUUGGAUAUUAACACUUUUUGGUCUCAUUUUUAAUCUGCUAGACUCCUAUGUUGGAAAACCUUAAAAUAUGAAGACCUCGCAAUCUGAACAUUUUGGACAGUCCCAUUGGUGAUCAGAUAAAACAGGUUUCACUUUACACUGAUUUUCUUAUUUCAAGUGAGGAUAAAUCUGAAUGUUUUCAUGAAAUCAUGCUAGUUAUGUGGUGAACAAUAUGUAACGAAUUCUUACCUAUCAUUAUGGUCUGGUAAAUAAUUUCUAGAUGUAAAUAGGUGAAAAAAGUAUUAUUUAUGGAAAUAAAUGUUAAAUUAUUGAUAAUAAAA